UAAAAUCAUUAAUUAAUCUCUUGUGUUACAUUUUAGACACAAUUGAAUCACAUCAACUGCUGAAUUUUUGGUGCAAAAUUAUUCGUUUUUGUUGCAUUUUUCUAUGCAAAAUCAUUCAUUAAUCUCUUGCGUUAAAAUUUAAUAAAACAAUUUGAGUCAAAUCAACUGUUGCAAUUUUUGUUGCAUUUGUCUAUGUAAUCACAUUUUUAAUCAUAAACGGAGCCUUGUUUUUAGAAAAAAAAAAAAACUGUUGAUUAUUAGGAAAAUAGAAAAAGGAAGGGGGGUUAACCAAAAAAAUGAUGGAAAUGGCGACGAUCAAGGCGAUUGCCAACCGACUAGGUUUUCUAAAAAUUCUUCAAUUUCUCGCCACGAUUUUAGUGGUUGAGUGUGAUCAUGAUGAUGGAGUGGGGCAGUUCUCUAGGAAUCUCACCACGAUGUCUUUUUUUCCCACAAAAGAAUCCAUUUGCUUUUGUGAUGUUGUAACUGCGAAACGGUUUGAGAGGAUGUAUGUGUAUAAAAUCCCUUCUUUAGGGUCUAUUGAUUCAACAUUCCAUUUCAAAACAAUAGCAAAUCUCCUGCUUUACUUUUGGAAAUUUACAAUUUUUCUGAGAGAAAUGUUGGAAGGUUUACGGAGAUCAAUUCAAGACAUCAACUUGGGGUGUAACGAUGCCCCUUUUGUUCUACCAAGGGAGGUGGUUCGCCAAGCCGAAGAAGAGAACCGGUUCAUCAUCAUUGGGCGUCCAGUUAUGCCUAGACGCCAGAACCUCCGUGCCAUUGUUGCAUCUAUGCCUCGAAUCUGGGGACUGGAGGGUAUUGUUAGGGGAAGAAUCAUCGAAGGACGAAGAUUUCAAUUUGUUUUCCCAUCUGAAGAAGCGUUAGAGACGGUCAUGCGAAGAGUCCCCUGGGCUUUUGCUGAACGAAUGCUUGUGUUGCAGAGGUGGACGCCAUUGAUGGAUCUGGAGAUGCUCAACUUCAUUCCGUUUUGGAUUCAAAUUCGAGGCAUCCCUCUUCAGUUCAUGAACAGAGAGGUGAUUGUUCACAUUGCUAGGGAGAUGGGUCAGUAUAUUCAGAUGGAGUACAAUGAAGAACUUGGUGGAAGAUUGGAGUUUGUUCGUGUAAGGCUUAACUGGAAUGUAUCUCAUCCUUUGAAGUUUCAGCGAAAUUUCCAAUUUACUCCCGGGGUGAACACGCUGCUCAAAUUCCAAUACGAGAGGCUUCGUGGAUUUUGCGAAGUUUGUGGAAUGAUUACUCAUGACACUGGCGCUUGUGUCAUUAACAAUGGAGGACCUGCUCCAGAUGAUGGCAAUGAUGACAGCGACGGUGAAGAAGACAUGGACGUGAGGGCUCCCAAUCAAGGUGUCAUCAUUGAAGAAGUUCAGGAAGAGGAAGACAGGGCUGAAGAAGAUCAAGAUGUUGAUCCGGUACAAGAGGAGUAUGAGCACAAUGCGGUGACAGUGGAGACUGAGAAUGUUGAUGAGGAGGUGUGGAAUGAUCCAUACAGAGAGACGUUAUACUCUGUGGAUUAUUACCCUGUGGAGAUGUUAAACGCUGAUAGCAGUAUUGGUCGUAUGAAUCAAAAGAGGAAAAAUUGGUUACAAGACGCAGACGGAAACACGCUAAAGUUUACUAACAUUGAAGCCGGAGAGUCAAGCAGAGGGAAUGAAAGUAAGAGGCAGAGAGGAGUAGGGGAGACAGGAGAUGCUGAGAACACAGAUGAGAGUCAGACAGAGCAGAGAGGCGCGGUGGGCCCAGAACCACCUCUUCCGCCAUGAGGACACUCAGUUGGAACUGUCGGGGUCUAGGCAGUGACUCGACAGUUCGACGCCUUAAGGAGAUAGACAGAAAAUAUCUCCCGGACAUCAUAUGCCUGUCAGAAACCAAGCAACCAGACGAUUAUGUUCGUGACGUUGGAGCUCAGCUUGGCAGUGUGUUUUCAGUUUUAGUACCGCCGGUAGGAAUAGGAGGCGGUUUAGUUAUCUUUUUCAAGCAUCAUGU